AUGACUCAAGAAUUUACUUUCCAAAGAAUAUCUACUUCUUAAAUGUAAACAGAAGACUUGAAAAAAAAGUAUAUUCUCUAAAAGAUUUUAGGCUAUGGUCGCUAUGGAACUGUAUAUAAAGGUGUAAAUUAACGCACCCAAGAAACAGUUGCUAUCAAAGAAUUGCGCCAUAGCAUUGAUGAUCAAGGGAUUAAUGCACAGGCCUUAAGAGAAAUUGAAAUACUUAAAUCCAUCUAAUGUCAACAAAUCGUCUCCUUUAAAGAUUUAGCUCAUGGAUAGAACAAAAUUUACAUAAUUAUGGAAUAUAUGGAGGAGGACUUACUUACAGCCUUAAAAAGAAAUACCUUCUCAGAACAACAAGCCAAAAUGAUCAUGUUUUAAGUGCUUUAAGGCUUGGCCUACCUACACAACAAAGGAAUCAUCCAUAGAGAUAUCAAACCUAACAAUAUUUUAAAUAGAAAUUUGGAAAUCAAAAUUUGUGAUUUGGGAAUGGCUCAAAAUUUAAAAAAACUUAAGCCACAAACAAUCCGAAUUCAAAAUCAUUCUUACAGGGCUCCAGAAGUGUUCCUUGGUUUAUUAAAUGACUAAUAUUAGGUUGAUGUUUGGUCGGCAGGUGUGCUAUUUAUUUAAUUGCUCUUCAAAGACAAUCUUUUCGAAGGGUCUUCUGAUUACGCAAGUUUUCAAUAGAUCCUUAAAUACUGUGGAACUCCCUAGGAAGGUAACUUUGUUAAAGAUAAUAUAGAAAAUUGGAACGGAGUGACUUCGCUCAAAAAUUACUCUACUUUCAUAAAAGAAGAUCCACAACCAAGAACACUUAAAGCCAUACUUGAGAAAAAAAUGUCUCCAUCACUAAUCAAUCUUGUUGAUUCCAUGCUUACUCUUGAUCCUUCUUAAAGAAUAACUGCUUAGGAUGCUCUUUAGCAUCCUUAUUUUUGUGGAAUGAAUAUUCAAAGAUGCCUUCAUACAAUUUAGGCAAGCAGAAAAAAAGUCAAAACUGAAUAAAAUACUAAAACAGAUGUCUUUAACUAUCCUAACGGAAACAAAAUCAUUGUAGUUUCGUAAAUCUUCCAAAAAAGCUAAAAUUGCUUUUGA